UGAUUUUGACCACACAAUCCAGAAUAGUUCAUGGAAUUGGUGUUUUCAGCAUUCAUUAUGUGUUUAGUAGUAGUUUUUUUUUAUUAUUAUACGUUUACUGGGUGAUAAAGGGGAAAGGGGAAUCGCAGAGAAGAUAAGUGAUUUUUGUAUGUAUGUCUUCUAAAUGUACUAUUUGCUAGUUUCGGGGGAUUUGUUUUGACUUUGAGCGAGUGAAUGGUUGAACAACUGAUGCGUCUGUUUUGUUUAUUCUCCUGUUACUCGGUGUUGGCGCUGAAGAGAAAGUUUUCAUACUUGUUAGGAUGUUUUAUUACUACUGAUGGAGUUGAAGCUACUUGGCGAAAAAGUGUAGCUCUAAGGGAUAGAUAUAAUUCUGGUUUAAUGUAUUGUAUUUGUACUGUAGUUUCUCUUUUAUGUGUUAUUCUUGUAUUCUGAAUGGAAGAUUUUCUGUAUGUUGUUAAAAUUAUGACUGGGGCAUAUUAUAUCUUUCAUAUUUGUGUUAAGGUUGUAUGCAUACCUUAUUGAUUGCUCGUGUUUUAUGAAUGAGAACAAUUUGAAUUGUUUUCUGUACUAAUCCGAUUUUCUUUUUUGUCCAUUUUUGGUGUGGCUGGUUAUUCAAGGCGGUGUAAUAAUGCUUUCACUUAGUGACAUUACUUUAUGGGCCUCUCUGAUGCACUGAGCUUAUUGUUUGCGGCUGCUGUUUGGUUCGCUAGUUACGCAUUGGUUGCACUUCUUGGAGUCUUUCAAGCCCUUGAUUUUCUCCGAACCUCCAUUUCCAACUAACAGUAAAAAACCUGCAAAUAGACAGGAGAAAAACAAAUAGGAAACUAUCAUGGGUUACGCACAAUUAGUCAUUGGCCCUGCUGGCAGUGGAAAGUCUACCUAUUGUUCUAGCUUGUCCCAACAUUGCGAAACUAUUGGCCGAUCAAUUAAUAUUGUAAACUUAGAUCCUGCUGCUGAGAAUUUCAACUAUCCUGUUGCAAUGGAUAUUAGGGAACUCAUUUCAUUGGAGGAUGUCAUGGAGGAGCUUGGAUUGGGGCCAAAUGGUGGCCUUAUUUACUGCAUGGAGCACCUGGAAGAAAAUCUGGAUGAGUGGCUGACAGAAGAAUUGGAUAAUUAUUUGGAUGAUGAUUAUUUAGUUUUUGACUGCCCAGGCCAGAUAGAACUCUUCUCUCAUGUACCAGUGCUUAAGAACUUUGUGGAGCACUUAAAGCGGAAAAAUUUCAAUGUCUGUGUUGUGUACUUACUUGAUUCACAGUUUAUAACAGAUGUCACCAAGUUCAUAAGUGGCUGUAUGGCCUCACUAUCUGCUAUGGUUCAACUGGAGCUACCUCAUGUUAAUAUUCUCUCCAAAAUGGACCUUGUGAGAAACAAGAGGGACAUUGAGAAUUACUUGAAUCCAGAACCUCAGACUCUGUUGGCUGAGUUGAAUCAGCGUAUGGCUCCACAGUUUGGGAAACUUAAUAAGAGUUUGAUUGAACUGGUGGACCAGUACAGCAUGGUGAGCUUCUUUCCUCUUGAUCUGAGAAAAGAGAGCAGCAUUCAGUACAUUCUGUCGCAAAUUGACAUGUCUAUUCAGUAUGGGGAAGAUGCAGAUGUGAAGAUCAAGGAUUUUGAUCCCGAAGACGACUGAACAAGAAUUUUGAGUUCAACGUAAAAGCAAUACAAUUUUCAGGGUUGCAUUCGUUUUGCCAAUGUGGACUACUCUAAUGCAAGAAAAGACAUUGCAUUUUUUUUUUACUUGGAAUUGGUUCCUACAUGUUGGGACGAGACGGUUUGUCUGAUAAUGGGUUGAUGGUGAUGAGUGUGUGGAACAUCUCAGAUAGCUUUCUUUUUGGAGCAAUUGUGUAUUUUGGACAUGUGAAAGAAAGGAAGUGACUAUUGGUUACAAAUGUUAGCAGUAAUACCGUGAAAUCUUCAGGCU